AGAGGCCACAACGGCGUCGUUUGGUCGUGCGACGUCUCAGGCAAGUUUCUUACAGCAUUUUCAUUUCAAUUUCAAUUUCAGUCUCAAUCUCAAUUUGACUCAUUACGGGAAGUACGGACCAGAGCGCCAAACUAUGGAGCGUCCAAACUGGAAAUCAAUUGUACAGCUUCAAUUUCGAUUCUCCCGCCAGGUCCUUUGAUUUCUCCGUCGGCGAUAAGCUCGCCGUUAUCACAGAACGCCCAAUCAAUGCUGUUGCAAUGUCACCUCUUUUUGAUCACGUAGGAAUUGGAGGUGGUCAGGAAGCAUCAGCUGUUACAACUACCGAUCAUCGUGCUGGAAAAUUUGAAGCCAAAUUCUUUGAUAAGAUUCUUGAAGAAGAAAUUGGGGGCGUGAAAGGGCAUUUUGGACCAAUUAACGCAUUGGCUUUUAAUCCUGAUGGAAAAAGUUUUUCAAGUGGAGGUGAAGAUGGUCUUUAUGUACGGUUGCAUCACCUCGACUCAGAUUAUUUCAACAUUAAAUUAUAGUGCUGGAUGUUUUUGUGGUUAAAAUUAGAUGGUUUCUAGAAGUUAGCUCUUAAUUUUACUCAAUUUUUUUUUCUAACGCUGCUCCCUGUAUUGUUACAAUUAUGGAAGAAAUUAAUGAAUGAAAUUAUGCAUUUUUGGUUUA